CAGCACUUUCACUUCCCCCAGGUGCCCAGCCCCUGCCCCAGCGCACAGGAUCACCUUGAUCUGCACUUGUUGCCAAGAACAGGACACAGACUCCGAGAGAGGGACAAUGACGGGAAGUGGGGGUGUGGGGAUGGGUAGAUAAACAGAGAAAGGAGGACAGGCAUGCAGAGAGAAUGGGCCAGAAAUCCAGAUGGGGAGAGGAUAGACCCGGGGAAGGUGGGGGACAGAGACCUAGAGGAAAAGAGAAGGACAAAGAUCCAGAGAGAAAAGAACAGAGACCUAGAGUGGGAGGACAAGAGACUGGGAGGACUGGGCAGUGGGGACAGAGAGGACGCAGAGAUGGCAGAGCUUAGCAAGCGGUGAGGUCAGAGUGCCUGUGAGGUCGGCUGCUGUCCAGGGCCAGCCUGGGGUCCUGGUGCCCAGAGUAGAUGAGUGCAAGUAGAUCACAAUCCCCAGUGUGUCCCCUGUUCUGAGCCAUGGAGACUCGGGAUGGCCUGCCUGGUGUGUCCUUGGUGCCCACAGAUUUCAAGGCCCGUCAGGAGAAGAUGUCGGCCCAGGACGGCUGCCUCAGCCUCAUCAAGUACCUCCUCUUCGUUUUCAACCUCUUUUUCUUCGUCCUAGGCAGCCUGAUUUUCUGCUUCGGCAUCUGGAUACUCAUCGACAAGACCAGCUUUGUGUCCUUUGUGGGAUUGUCCUUCAUGCCCUUGCAGAUCUGGUCCAAGGCCCUGGCCAUUUCAGGAAUCCUCACCAUGGGCCUGGCCCUCCUGGGCUGUGUGGGGGCCCUGAAGGAGUUCCGCUGCCUCCUGGGCCUGUAUUUUGGGACACUGCUGCUCCUGUUUGCCACGCAGAUUACCCUGGGAAUCCUCAUCUCCACUCAGUGGGUCCAGCUGGAGCGGAAAGUGAAGGACGUCGUGCAGAAGACGAUCCAAAACUACCGCGCCCACCCGGAGGAGACUGCGGCAGAGGAGAGCUGGGACUACGUGCAGUUCCAGCUGCGCUGCUGCGGCUGGAACUCUCCUCAGGACUGGUUCCAUAUCCCCAGCCUGAAGAGAAACGAGUCGGAAGUGCCCCACGUGCCCUGCUCCUGCUAUAAUUCAUCAGCGACCAACGACUCCGCAAUCUUCGAUAUGAUCUCCUUCCCCCAGUUCAGCCGGCUCGGAUCACCGGCCCCGCCUCGACACAAUGCAGACAUUUGCGUGGUCCCUGCAAACAGCUACAUCUACCGAGAGGGCUGCGAGUGGAGCCUCCAGAAGUGGUUGCACAACAACCUCAUCUCCAUAGUGGGCAUCUGUCUUGGCGUGGGUCUCCUUGAGCUCAGCUUCAUGGCGCUCUCCAUAUUCCUGUGCAGAAACCUGGACCACAUCUACGACCGGCUCGCUCGGUACCGCUAGGCCCCGCCCCUCCCGAAGCCCCACCCCGACCUCCUCAAGUGCCCUGGGCUUUUAGUUCCCUGCUGCAUGUAAAUAUUUGUUUAAUCCCUAGUUCGCCCCACCCAUUGAGCCCUGCCUCCCCAUUCCCUUGGGGGUCCCAGGCAUCUGCCUGCCCCACUGUCACCUCUCCCCCGGGACCUGGGGUUUCCGGCCACCAGCUUCCUGCCCCCUAAUACCUCAUUUCCUUUUCUCAUCUGUCGGCCUACCACCUCCCACAAGAUUGUUUUUCACCCAAACUCCAAAUAAAUCCCCUGCGUUUUGGUAAAA